CCCCGUUCAUUGCCCGGCCUCGGGGAGGGCCGGGCCUCGCCGCCCCGCCGGCGCCACCAGCGCGGGGAGCGCGACCUCACGCCCGCCGCGCUCGGGGUCCCUUGUCGGUGCCAGUGGGACUCGGGGGUCGCGCCGAGGCCCCCCGCGCAACCGGGUGUGCUGGCUGCUGCUUGGAACCCAGCGUUCCAGUGCAGGCGCUGUUGGUGUGGCGGGAGGCGAGGGGUGUGAACCUGCCCCAAGUUUCACUUUUGUUUCCCCCUUUCUGAUCUUGUGACCUUCAGUUCAAAUUUCAAGUCAUCCCCUCCGCCCCCCGACGGUGUUUGCGUGGUCAACGAAACCCACAAAAUCGCGGUUUUCCUUGUUUAUCGCAGACAUUAAAGACCUGAGCUAUCCCGCUGUUUCACGUAGAAUUUUAUUCUAGGUGUGGAAAUGACCUCUUUUAAACUGGCGCCAAAUCUGUAGUAGGGCCCAGAAUUCAUUUCCAGUUGAAGUCCGCAUUUCUUGUGAACUGAACUUUGUGGGUAGAGCGAGCGAAGGGUUGGAUUUGGGGCGAAAGGGACCAAAAGCCAAUCAGAGAAAAGACGCUCCCCGGCGGGAUAUUUGUAGUGUAAACGCAUAAAAAGAUAUAAAGACCCUUAAAAUGUUAAAAUGUGUUACAUGACAGCCAGUAACCAAUAGAAAUUUGUGUACAGAUGUUAUGGAGAUGACCUUGUGGGUUGGUGCGGAGGGCGGGGCGAGUGGGUGGGGAAUCGUCCGGGAGAAAGGAGACCCACACCCCGGGCGCCCUGCUUAGUGCGUGUCCUUGCAGUUCUGGAUACUGAUGGCGCAUCUGGGCCUUUCCCUCAAACUAGCGAAGUUUAAGAUGAUCUUGGAGUUUACCAAGUAACGUUCCUUUUCACACAGUAUUAACUUAUUUUCUUCAUUUCUUUCUGGAGGAAUGGAGUCUAGUGAGUGUGAAAACGUGUCAAAAGAAACGGAAGCAUUUGAAGAAGAAGAGUUUGAAGCUAGUGCUAUGGAUUCUCUGAUAGACAUGCCAUUUGCCACCGUAGAUAUUCAAGAUGAGUGUGCAAUCACUGAUGUACCUCACAUAAAUUUGGAGAGAAGUAAAGAAAAUGAACGGAUCAGUAAAGAUCAGAUAAAGAAGAAGAAAAAAAAGCAAAAAGAUUAUCAACCCAACUAUUUCCUAUCCAUUCCGAUCACCAACAAAGAGAUUACAAGAGGAAUUAAGAUCCUACAAAAUGCAAUAAUACAACAAGACAAACAACUGGCCAAAGCAAUGAUCAGUGAUGGCUCCUUUCAUAUUACCCUGCUAGUGAUGCAGUUAUUAAAUGAAGAGGAAGUAAACAUUGGUAUUGGUGCUCUUUUGGAAUUAAAACCAUUCAUAGAAGAAAUCCUCCAAGGAAAACAGUUGAUUUUGCCUUUUCAAGGGAUUGACACUUUUGGAAAUCAGGUUGGAUUUGUGAAGCUGGCAGAAGGAGAUCACAUAAACCCACUUUUGGAGAUAGCAGAGACUGCGAAAAGGACGUUUCAAGAAAAGGGCAUCUUGGCAGGAGAAAACAGGGGUUUUAAGCCUCAUUUGACUUUUAUGAAAUUGUCCAAAGCACCACGGCUCCGGAAGAAGGGAGUGAAAAAAAUAGACCCCGAAUUCUAUGAAAAAUUUAUCAGUCACAGAUUUGGAGAAGAAAUGGUGCAUCGCAUAGAUCUUUGCUCCAUGCUAAAGAAAAAACAAAGUAAUGGUUAUUAUCACUGUGAGUCUUCGAUUGUGAUUGGUGAGUUGGAAAGCCCGUCCUCUACCGUCCUGCAGAGGUACAGAAAGGAUAUAUCCAGCUGGCCAAGUGGCAAGAAACCUAUUGGAUUCCGGGACUUAAUUAAUGAAGCUUUGCGUCGAGAAAGGAUGGGUCUGAAGUCCAAAGUGAAACAGAUAAAGGAACUUUUAUUAAAACCUGAGACUCAGGCCAGGAUUAGGAGGGAGCUUUUUGAAGGAAGAUCUGUUAACAACAGUAAUCAAGGAAACCAGGUUGAUUUCGACGCAACUUUGACUUAAUCCCAUCGAAAGCAGUGUUAUUUCUCGGGCCCUGUUGAUGUCGGCGUGGCCAUGUGACUUGUUUUGACCAAUGGGAUGUAGAUGGAUGUGAAGCAAGCAAAGGCUUGAAAUUUGGAGAUCUGCAGAGCAAAUCUGAACCAAUCUUUCAGCCUGGAGCCAAGCCCAGCCAUGAACAGUUGUGCCCCUGCAGACAUGUGGGUGAGAAAGAGAUGCUUAUUGUUCUAUGCCACCUGGUUUCUUGUUAUGCAGCAUUAUUGUGGCAGUAGCUGACUAGGGUGGGACCUACAAGUCAAACUGAAACACAACAGAAAACUUGAGCAAAAUUAUACCCUCCCCCCCACCCCCCCAAAUGUCAUAGUAUCCAAGCAGGAUGUAUCAUUUUGGGGCUCUAUGAAUUCCAUGUCACAUAAUUUCAUAUGAUAUCAUUCACUAUUUUUGCUUUCAAAUAACAUACACAAUACGUUUAUAUAUGAAUAUAAAGUAUUAACAGUGAUGAGUUCUGAGUGGUGGGAUUACAAGUGAGUUCACUUCCUACUUUGUGCAUUUUGGUAUUUUCAAAAUGUCAUAUAAGAAACAUUUAUUCCUGUAAAUAAAAUCUUAAAUGCUGCUUUAAGAGAAUCUAUUUAUAAUCUAUUCAGCUGUCAGACAGUCUCUUGCAUUGCAGCCCUAAAGAAGUGCUACAUACAGAUGACGUUACUCAGAGAUCAGGCCGAUUCAUUCAUUCAUUCAUUCAUUCAUUCAUUCAUCCAUUCAUUCAUUGUGUAUUUCCCAUGGGCCAAAUACUGGGCUGAGUGCUUGGCAGGUGAAAGACCCAUCUGUUGGAAUGAUGUAUUUUUUCCUUUCUCUAUAAUCCCUGUUUCCCCUCAUCACCCACCUCAUUUCAGGCACCUGAGAUGACCAAAGCCUACCAUGGGAAAUCCAGAGGAUGAGGGGGGCACCUGGCUCUCAGACAGGUGCUGACCUGGUCCCCACAGAUCAAGGGGCAGGUGGGCUUGUUGUGGGGCUGGGGAGAGGAGAAGGCCUUGGCGAGGAGAAGUGGGAGGCUGGGGAAGGAGAACACCCCACUCAGAGCAGAGCUGUAUCCCCUGGGUCAAGGGGGGGCCUAGCAGGAACCCCCAACAGCCCACAAAGAAAGAGGAAACUUCCAUCUUGUUUUCAACCUUGCAAAUGCAUGUGUGAACCAAGCCUCAGGUCCUGAGAGCAUGAAGCCACCCAGCCAAAGUACUGUCCCCUCCCCUCAUGUCUCCUGGCCUGACCUUCCACUGUGGGAGGGAAAGGGCAGUGAGUGAAGGCAGGGCAGGAGGGACCCUCCCCGCCCACCCCCCCUCCCCGGCCACUGUGUGUUCUCGCCCUAAGGAGCACGGGCAGGUGAAAAGUCAUGGCCGGGCUCUCACAGGACUGGACACUCUGACAGCUGAAGAGAGAUGUGUGUGCCACUUAAAGUGACUGGUGGAAUAUAUAUUAUGCAAAUGAGAAAACACAAAAUCCAAAGAACUGCCAGGAUUUUCAUCCUGGUGAAGGAGAAGAUUACCUGCAUCAAAUAAAGUUUAAAGGGACAAGGAAGCAAAAACAAAGCUAUAUUUGGAUAAUGUCACGAGUCCCGUUUGUUCAACAAGCUGGUUGCAGUAAGAUGACGAAUCAGACUCCCAUCGCCUCUGCCUGGGCCACAUAAGAGCAUCAAGUCUGGGAAUGAUGGGGGGCAGGCAGAAUAGGACGUCAUGGAGGGGGUGGCUGGGCUGGUGUCCCCCAUGCCUCCCUGUGUUGCCCUGGACAGUUGGUUGGGUGAGGCUAGAACCCCUCCCACAUCUGAGUUUGGGGAAUCCCAGAGUAGGGAGUUUCUUUGCUGCUUUUCUGGUGGAAGUGCCAGAGAAGUGGCCACCCAAGGUUAGAAGUGACGCUCUUGCUGCUGUCCCAGAGAUCAUCUGUAAGAAUAGGAAAGGUGCUGGAGCUUAUUUGGGCCAGAGGAGGAGAAAGAGAGCACCUGCCUCCACUGCAUGAUGAAUUUUCUGAGGACUCAGAGAGCCACCAGAGGUCUUCGCCUAUCCCUCAACAGGCAAAACCAUAGUUCACAGAAAAACAUGUAAUUGGCAAGACUGUAUAUCAUAUACAAAUAUAUGGACCUCACUAAUAAUGAAAUAAAACAAGUUAAAACAAUAAUGAGUUGCUUUUUUAAAACCUAUCAGAGCAUACAGGGUUAAGUAAAGAUGUAAAAGUUUGAUAAUAUAUGAAGUUGGUGAAGUUGUAUGAAUCAGGAACUCUUGAAUUGUUUUGGUGAGAAUAUGAACAGAUGCAACAUUUUGGAAGGACAAUUUGGUGAAAUUUAUGAAGACGAAUAAAUUGAAAAUGUUAACCCAGAAAUUAGUUCCACUUAAAAUUUUUUUCUAUAAUUAUAUUUGCCUGUGUUUGCAAAAAUACAAGGACAAGGAUGUUGAUUGUAUCAUACAUAGCUUAUGAUGGCAACCACCGCAAAAACAAAGGUAAUAUCACAAACUCAAUUAAUAUACAUCUGAUAAUAAGUUGUGGUAUGCACCAAUCAUGCCACCGGUAAAAAGAAUAAAAUGGAUAUAGCUAUUUUGAAAUAUAAAGAUAAGUAAGUACAUUAAGCAAAAUGCAAAGUACAAGGCAAUACUAGUAAUAUAUUCCUAUUCGUGUUUUUUUCAAAAGGGUGUGUGUGUGUGUGUGUGUGUGUGUGUGUGUGUGUAGAGCAUAUUAUAUGUACAGGGAAGUUCUGGAAGGAUACCCAAGAAAUGAUUGAAGAUGCCUUCUUUGGAAAUUAUGACAAGUUCUGAAAGAGCACUGGGAUUCACUUUCCAUCAGUGAACACUGGGAAAUGUUAGCAAGUCUUAGACCAAGGGACUCAACUGAUGUCAGGGACUAUGAAACUGGAAGACAGAAUUCAGAAGAGGGAAGCCUUCCAGAAAAGGUCAGUCACUGAUGUAGGGAAUAAAUGGAGUCACCUGAUGGGCAAGGACAAGAUAGUAAGGAUGGAGGGUAAGUGGGAAGAGGUAGGAAUACAGUGUUCUCAAGGGCAGAUUUGCAGAUAUUAAGCACGAAGAGCCAGUGAUGGUAGGUGUCCAAAUUCAGUGACACCCUAAGACACACCGUGAGAGGAGAGUUUCUCCUCCUAAGGUUUAUCUCAGGGAUUUGCUAUGGGUAAGGGACCUAAAAGGCUUUGGCAUGUAAAUAGAAGAGAUGGCAUGGACAUUCCUGUUUCCCAGGAAGGGUUUUCAGGUGGAGGCGUUAGUCAGAGUGUGGAUAUCUGAAUCCACACUCAACUGAAUUGGUAAGUCUUUUGCCUCUGAUUCUGAAUCUGGGUUUGAAGACAAUACUAUAUGGCAAUUGUGUGUGUUCAGUCAUGAGGUACCAUGCUAGGUUUCAUAAGCAACUCGAAAAUGACAAAGGGGGGAAGGAAACCAGAGAAUGAGGACAGGAACGAUAGAUGAAUCUCAUUUGAACUCUGUUCAUAGCAUCAUUGUUUUGUUUUUUUUUUUUAACUUGAAAGGCCGAUUUUAUUUUUUCCAAGUUUUUUGAGGAAUAAUGGGCAAAUAUAAUUGUUUGUAUUUAAAGUGCACAGUGUGGUGAUUUGAUACACAUUUUCAUUGUGGAGCGAUUACCAACAUCAAGAUAAUUAACACAUUCAUCACCUCACAUAACUAAUCUUUUGUGUAUGUGAGUGUGACAAUGCUUAAGAUCCGCUCAGAGCAAAUUUCAAGUAUACGAUGUUGUAUCAUUAACUAUAGUCACAGUGCUAUAUGUUAGAUCCUCAGAAUGUAGUCUUAAACCUGAAAGUUUGUACCUUUUGACCCACAUCUUCCCAUCCCCCCCAACUCCAAGUCCCUGGCAACUACCAUUCUAUUCUUCGUUUUUAUGAAAUUGGCUUUUAAAAACAAGAGAUUCCACGUAUAAGCGGUAACAUACAGUUUUUGUCUUUCUCAGCCUGGCUUAUUUCGCUUAACAUAAUGAACCUUCUGGUUCAUAUGUCAUGGCAUCACCGACACCCAGUUACAGAACAAACCUCUUUUCAAAAAUGUACAACUAGUAAAAUUUUCUUAUAAUUUCCGGUUAUUCUUUUAAAGAAGAAAGCGAGUAAGGGAAAAAAUGAAGAGAAUUUGUGGUGAGGCACAACUUUACGGUAUAACAAAAACAUCCUGUUCUUUAUUUUUCUCACCAGUUAACCUGUCUUGCUAGUUGUGUCUUUAACAAUAGCACCCAGAGAGGCAUGUGGGUGACUCUGUUGGUGAAGCGACUGACUGGAUUUCAACUCAGGUCAUGAUCUCACGGUUCACAGACUGAGCCCUGGGGGGGACUCUGCCCUGAGAGCACAGAGCCUGCCUGGGACUCUCUCCCUCCCAACCUCUCUGCCC